CAGUUGUUGACAUUUCACAUUAAAUUCCUACUUUUCUGCGAAAACAUAUAAAAGUGCGUGGGUUCCAUACAAUCCUAGUGCUCCAGACAGUUGCCGGAAAUGGCGAAGGUUUCUGUGGAUUGGAAAAAAUAGUUUGAAGUCGACACUUCUUCCUCCUCCAUCGGUAGCUGAAUUCCCUGGCGGUCCAACAGCCGCAGCUGUGGCAGAAGCCGAAGCUGGUCUGGAGAAGGUUUGCAGCUCAUCUAGCAGAGCGUCGAGUGCGUUCUCCGGACGGCAGGAGUUCCCGCCGGCCCCCCCGCAGGACCCGCUUUCGCUGCCACCGCUUGGUGACCCGCCCCCAACUGGUGAGAGGGAGGGGUCUCCCCCGAUUGUGACCGACCCCAGCCGGACGCCCUAUAUAGAUUGUUGGUGAUUUAUAAUGAAAUUUUUUUUUGUAUAAUUGGAGCCCAACGUUUGUUUUGUCGAUCGGAAAAAUAUUUGGUGCACGAUGCGAGGCGGGCCCGACAACCUUAAUACGCCUACUAAUUACCCAAUUUUUCCACUUAACAUUUUUUCAUGGACCAGGUGUUUGUAUACAGAGUAAUUCAGAUUUUUUUUAAUGUUAUGCUUUUAUCAUUGUUCGUCCUAUACUGCCAUACGUAGAACCACUCCGAAAACAUAUUCCUUUAUCAAUUUAAAAAUGUUAACUGUUAACACCCUAUAUCCCGAUAAAGAGGCAAUUGGAGACCCACAAAUACUACCAAUGCAUCUGGAAUCACCCUAUAGGUCGGCAUACUUUCCGAUAUUUUACUAA